AUGUCGACCGUCGUCCGCUCGGACGACGGCGACUAUGGUGGUGGGACGUCACCUCGCGACGGCGACGGUCUUACGGCAAAGCGCGACGAAUACGGCUCGCUCUAUGGGUUCACUUCGCGACUUCGAAGGGUGUUCGGAUUGCAAAUCCUACUUUUCCUCGUCUCGUCGAAUUUCCUCGUCAAGGGCGCGGCGAGGCACUUGGUGCAGACGACGUUUUUGCCGUACGCGCAGCAGUACUUGAAGUUCACCGCUCAGGCGUUCCAACGGUUCGAAGUUCUGGCAAUGUUCCCGUGGAUGAUCAAACCGCUCGUCGGGCUGGUGACGGACACAACGCCGAUAUUCAGAUAUCGAAAGCGGUACUACAUAGCCUUCGUCGCCUCUGUUGGGUCGGUGGCGAUUUACUUUCUAGCGACCAAAGACUUCCAACCGGAGGAUAACAUGGAGUACACCGGGUUGGUGAUGGCGGUGAACGUUCUGUUUGCGUUUUCGGACACAUUGGUCGGGGCGCGGGUGUUCGAGGCAAUGUCGCUGAAUCAGCACGUUGGGGGUGAUUUGAUGUCGUGGGAUUGGUUCAUGGUAACUAUUGGGAGCUUGCUAGGGACGCUCUCGGCGUGGACGGGUCUGGAGAAGGGUAACUAUAAGAUGAUAUUUUGGCUGGCGCUUCCGUGCGCGGUACAACUCAUCUUCGUCAGUGGGUUCGGAAUGAUGCCGGAAGAUCCCGUGAAGGAGGGCUUCAACACGCACGCGCUGGCUCAAAAGCACUGGAAUUUGAUGGCGGUCACAUUCACCGUUACGAUCAUGUCAAUCUGCACCGUUUCGAUGCAGCUCGUGGAUGAUUUUGAGCGCAACUUUGGGCUCACAUUUUUAUGUUGUACAGCCAUAAUGCUCAUCAUCAUUAGCUCACUUUGGAUUUUCUUGGAGAAACGAGCGGCGUGCUUGCUCAUAUUUGUCGCCAUAGAGCGAUUUUUAUGCGUGAACGUGAAGCAGGCGAAGGCGUAUUGGUACACGACGGACAGCACGUGCGUCCCGAACGGACCACACUUCAGCUACGUCUUCUACAACGUCAUCACCUUCUCAUUCGCUCUUUUAGCACAAGCGAUCGGGAUUUGGGUUUUUCAGCAAUACUUCAGUCGGUCGAAAAUCAGAUUAGUCUUCCUCAUCAACUCCUUGGCAAAGAUUUUUGCCAAGCUGACUGAUGUCUGGAUCAUCUUGCGCCUGAAUGUUAAAAUGGGAAUCGACGACAGAAGCGCCUACGUGCUCGGCGAAAGCGUCAUUGAGGGCAUCGCCCUCGUGAUGACAUACAUGCCCGCCGCUGCGGUGCUCUCAAAGGUGGUCGAUAAGGAAAUCGAGUGCACAAUGUUCACCCUGCUCGCCGGAAUCGUGAACAUCGGCCACGCUAUUUCCGCGACUGUGGGCGCUAGCGCGAUGACGUACGCAGGCAUACACACCGACCUGGUGGAGGGUGAAUGCAACUUUGACCAGUUGAUUCCUCUGUUGGUCGUGUCUGGCGUCGCGUUACCACUCUUCGCCAUUCCUCUCAUCUACUUGUUCAUUCCGGACUGGAACAUGCACGAUGACUUCAACAAGUCGGAAAUUCAGCGCUCCGUCGAGAAGGAGGCGAUCGUGGGCGCGGAAGAGUCGAGUGAUAAGACCGCGGCGCCGAAGGCUGGUGGUAAAUAG